AUGGAGGAAGUCCUAAAUUCCGAACUCAAGCGUUACGAGUUCACCUCGAAUGUCGGUAUCCUGUUCUGUGGUACCUGCUCAACACCUAUGUUCUGGCACCAGCACUACCAGGAUAAGCCGCAAAGCAUUGGUGUCUUUACUGGGGCUUUGAAAAACGUUGGGAUCAAGAACCUCGUUAAAUUCGUGGAUCAAAUAUUUGUGGGUGACACUCAAGACGGAGGCAUUUCUCCAUGGUUGUCGAAUGUCAACCAAGAAGGCUCGACACUCCGACUUUGGAAGGGAAAUCGGAACGUGAGUGAAGAGCUGAAGGACGACUGGCCUCCGAGUGCGGGAGGUUCUGUUCCUGGGACUGUUUCAAGGGAUGGUAUACCUAUCCACUGUCGCUGCAAUGGAGUCCAGUUUGUGUUCCGACCAAGUAACGUCGACUUUUCCGACACCACCAAUAAUCCGAUUCCUUUCUACGUCGACCCAAAGUCAUAUAAGCAUCUAGCGACAUUGGACCCAUGCAGCUAUUGUCGACUAUCCGUCGGGGUUGACGUGAUGAACUGGACAUUCGCCCUUCCAGCCCAAAUCGAAUUCGCAAAAGGUUCCAAAGAAGACAGGUUCCCUCGAGACACCCACGAACUCAAGGAGGCCGUGGUGAAUCCAGAUAGAGAUCCUCGAUAUGGCACUCUCGCCAUGUACCGCAGCUCACCAGAUGUCCAACGAUAUUUCUGCUCACGGUGCUCUGCUCUAGUAUUUUAUACAGUAGAUGACCGCCCAGAGGUGAUUGACGUAGCGGUCGGACUUCUCCAAGCACCAGAGGGAGCUAGAGCAGAGAGUGUCCUGGUUUGGCAUCUGGGAGCCAAGACAAUGGGCGAUGAAGAAAAUGGAGAUAGUUGGAGGGAUACGUUUGCGAGGUCUGUCAACGAAACAUCGGAGAAGUGGAGGGUCGAGAAGGGAUAUCCGAAGACGUGGGCAAGGUUGGCAGCUGAAGACGCCAAGAAAGAAUGA